AUGUCACUCAAAAGCUUCAAGGAACUUGGUGUUUGCAGUGAAAUAUGUGAUGUCAUUUCCACUCUUGGUUGGACGAAACCCUCUGAAAUACAGUUGAAGGCUAUUCCAACUGCUCUGCGUAAAAAGGAUAUAGUUGGACUUGCAGAGACUGGUUCAGGAAAAACUGCUGCUUUCGCUAUACCAAUUCUACAAGAUCUACUUUGGAAGCCUAGACAUAACUUUGCAUUGGUUUUAACUCCAACAAGAGAGCUAGCACUUCAAAUCAAACGACUUUUUCUGGAAUUGGGUGAAAAGUUCGGCUUAAAGGUGAUUUGUUUAGUUGGUGGCCAACAUAUAGAAGAUCAAGUUCGUGAUUUGAAAAAGCUUAAGUUUCAUGUGAUUGUUGGCACUCCUGGACGAGUGGUUUACCAUCUUGAGAAUACAAAAGAGUUGCGCUUAAAUCAUGUUAGGUACUUUGUACUUGAUGAAGCUGAUCAGAUGUUAGAGGAUACAUUUGAAGAACAGUUAGCCUUUAUCACAACAAAACUGCAUCCUAACAAACAAACAUUCUUGUAUUCAGCUACAAUGACACAUAAUGUUGAAAAGAUACAGAAAGUGUGCACUAAAUCACCAGUAAUACUUGAAAUCAGCACUAAAUAUGCCAAGGUAGAGAAGCUGGAUCAUGCAUUUGUGUUUAUUCCGGAUAAAGAAAGAGAUUUUUACCUUAUUUAUUUGCUGUUAUUGUCAUCAAAAACUGCAGAUAACAGUCGGUCAAUUGUGUUUACAAGCACAUGGAGAGAAUCAUUCCGUUUAGUGGCAAUUCUUAAAAGUUUAGCAAAUGUAAUCGGUGCUAAUUCAGCACCACUUAAUGGUGCUAUGCAACAGGAUAAACGUCAGUCUUCAUUAUUCGAUUUUCGUACUGGUCGUGUUUCAAUACUUAUAGCUACUGAUUUAGCUUCAAGAGGAUUGGAUUUCCCAGAUGUUGACCUUGUUGUCAACUAUGAUGUUCCACGUCGACCAUCAUGGUCUGACUCAGCGAAAGCCUAUAUACAUCGUGUUGGCAGAACUGCUCGUGCUGGACGACAUGGACGUGCUAUAACUCUUGUCACUCCGUAUUCAGUUACACGCCUUAAAGCUAUAGAAUCAGCAUUAGGUGAGAAAAUUCCUCAACUACCUUGGCCUGGAACAGAUUGUUUGAAUUCACAACUACGGCAACAAGUUUUACAAGCUGAUAAAGAAGCUCGGGCGAAAUUACGUGAAAGGGAAAAGAAGAAACAGAUGAAGAAGAAAAAACGAAGCACUGCGUCACUUAAUGAAGGAAUGCCAGAUGCUAAACGAUCACGUAAAUCUAAGGAGAUGGAUUCAGACGAACUGAACAGCGAUUCAGAAUAA